CCCAGAGCCCCCCCACAUCAAAGAGGACCAGGAGGACCUCUGGACCAAUCAGGAGGGAGAUCAGCUUCCAGGGCUGCAGGAGGCUGGUAUCAGGUUCUCAGUCUCUCCUGUAAAGAGGGAAGAUGAUGAAGAGGAAGCUCAGUCCUCUCAGCUUCAUCAAAGUCAAACUGAACCGAUGGAGACAGAAGCUGAUGGAGCGCAUUGUGGAGGACCAGAACCAGACAGGAAGUUAGAUCCAGGAAGUGAUCCAGGACCAGAUACUGAUGAGACUGAGUACAGUGAUGAUGGGGAGGAGACUCAGGAACCUCAGUCAGAUGAGAACCCUCUGCUAAACAAAGAAGUCCCUAUAAGGGAUGUGAACUGUAGUCCUGGAACUACAUCAAGCAGCUCGCCUGCAUGUGCUGCACGCUCUGACCACCAGGGACAUCUGGAGAAACCCAGCAGCUCCAAAACAGGAGAGAAAACAGUUCAAUGUUCUGUGUGUGACAACAUAUUUAGAUUCAAUUGCGAGCUAAAGAGACACAUGGCUGUCCACACGGGAGAGAAACGAGCUCAAUGCUCUGUUUGUGGAAAAAUAUUUAGAUACAAUAGUUAUGUAAAGAGACACAUGGCUGUCCACAGCGGAGAGAAAACAGCUCAAUGCUCUGUGUGUGACAAAAGAUAUCGAUUCAAUGGUGAUCUAAAGCGACACAUGGCUGUCCACACCGGAGAGAAACCAUUUGGUUGUUCAGUGUGUAGUAAAACAUUUGCACACAAGGGAACCAUGAACUAUCACAUGUAUCUCCACACAGGAGAGAAACCCUUCAGUUCAGUGUGUAGUAAAACAUUUACACAAAAGGGAACCCUGAAGGAUCACAUGCCUGUCCACACAGGAGAGAAACCCUUUAGAUGUUCAGUGUGUAGUAAAACAUUUACACAAAAGGGAACCCUGAACUAUCACAUGACUGUCCACACAAGACAGAACCCGUUCAGCUGUUCAGUGUGUGGUAAAACGUUUAAACUAAAGGGACACCUGAAGUCUCACAUGCCUGUCCACACUGGAGAGAAACCCUUUAGUUGUUCAUUGUGUGGUAAAACAUUUGCACACACGCAAACUCUGAAGCGACAUUUAUUUAUUCACACUAGAGGAACCAAGUAGUCGUGGAGUUUCCUCAACAUGAUUCUCUUGUCUCGGUUAUUCAAGAAAUCUCAAAUGUAUGUAUAAUGUACCGGAAGGGGCGAGGGAGGAGGAGCCUGAACGAGGGAGGAGCCUGCCUCUCUGCCCCAGCCGACUCCAUCGGCGUUUCUCAAUUCAAAGAACACGACUACAGACUUGUGUUCUUUUGGAGUCUGGUCUCAGGAGUCCAGACUCCAGAGGACGGAGGACGAGAGGAGAGAGGAGGUCUCUCUGAUCUUUCUGGUCUUUCUGCGAUUGGACCAGCAGCUGACUUGAUGACGUCACCACAUCAGCUGUUCUUGCUCCUGAGUUCACUCUAAUUAUUCACUGUAAAUUAUUUUUUACAGUCAAAAAAAAUAUGACGACCCUGCUUUUUUCAUUAUUCUUUAAAUAUAAUUAUUUUAUUUUGAAUUAUGUAUGUGGAUAUAUAUAUAUGUUAUAUACAUACAUAUAUAUUGAUAUAUAUGUAUGUAUAUAUAGUUCUAUUCGGUCAAAAGUAAAAAGACACCAUGAGUUCAACGUUAAAGUUUAAUUAAAAUAUGAAGUUAUGAAUCUUAACCCUCAGUCAAACUGAUGUAACGUUAUCUGUGAAUAAAUAAUAAACUCUU